UUCAGCCUCAGAGCUUAUUUAUUAUGUAACAGAAUGAAAACACGUCUUUAAUAGAAAUUGAUGCUUUCCACCACUAGAUGGAGAAGUGGGGCAGAAAAAUGACUGAAAUAAUGGUCCUUUCUGCUUUGGCAGCAGCACUGGAUUGGAUCCCAAUUUUCGGCUGCACGUACGCGGCUCUUCUGCAGCCCUGAAGCAGACAGCCUGGUUCCUUGGACGUCAUAUGAUAAGGCUGGAGGAGAGCCAGCAGGGCCCCCGUUUGGAGAGGAGGACCAAUAUCUCAGUCAACGCGCGCAGUCAGGGCCCCCUUUAUCUCCACAAGGCAGGGAGGCGUAUCCUUUCCCCCCUCUCUCUCCCACUCCCCUUCACAUACCACUCUCUCUCUCUCUCUCUCUCUACACUAACUAGACUACAACCUGCUUCAGACGACGCCCCGCCGCCCAUGAGAUUUCCCACUUAGGGCAGAGCCAAGUCCGUCGUGCGUCUUUUUCGCUCGAGAGGAAGCCAUCGGGCUGUUAUUAUCGUCGGGCUGCGCGCUCAGGCUGCCCACGGCAUCACCUCAGUAAUAACAGAAGGGGUGCCAGCCAGGAGGAGAAGAAGAAGAAGAAGGGGAGGAGGAGGAGGAAGAGGAGGAGGAGGAGAGGAAGGGGUAUUAGAGUAUUCCGCUCAGAAAUAAACAAGAAGACACCCUGUUUGGAAGACGUCUGUGGCGGGAAGGGAUCUGCAACUGAGAUGGCUGAGGUGUCACAAGAGGAAAGACUCCAGGCCAUCGCUGAGAAAAGGAAGAGGCAGACAGAGAUUGAAAACAAGAGGAGGCAGCUGGAUGAUGACCGACGGCAACUCCAGCAUCUCAAGUCGAAGGCACUGAGGGAGCGCUGGUUGUUAGAUGGAGCUCCAGCAGAGGAGGAGACUCAGAAGCGUCUGCAUGAAGACGAGGUGAAAACCAAACUCCUGGAGCAGGUCAUCCUCAGGCUGGAGCAAGAGAUUGAAGAACUGGAGACAGACCCUCCAGCCAAUAAGGGUGUGGCCAAAGAAAAUGGAGGUGAGAAUGGAGUAGUGCAAAGCUCCGGUCAGACACCCAAGAGAGAGGUGACAGGGAUUGAGGCCAAGCUGCUGGGUCCCAGUCCUGACCAAGCUAGCGCAGACAACCCCGUCACCCUGGUGUUCAUGGGCUACAAAACCGUGGAGGAGGAGCAGGAGACCCGCACGGCCUUGGGAAUGGAAGGGGUGGAUGGCAACGUCAAAGCUGAGUUCGUUGUCAUCGAGGAUGGGGAGGGGAAAGCUGGAGGAGAGGGAGCCACAGAAGAGCAGGCUCCACCCAACGGGAGCAUGGCAGAGAAAGAAAAGGCCAACGGAGGCGGAGAAGAAGGAGAGAAGGAGAAGGAGAAGAAACAGACCUGCAAGUGCUGCACGGUCAUGUGAGCUGUGUGUGUGUGUGUGUGUGUGUGUGUGUGUGUGUGUGUGCGUGUGUGUGUGUGUGUGUGUGCGUGUGUGCGUGUGUGUGUGUGUGUGUGUGUGUGUGAGUGCACACCUGCUCCUGUGCAGGUAUGUGUGCCAUUGCAUGUGUGUGUAUUUGCAGAUGUGUGUAACUCUGUGUUUGUGUGGGAGAGUGUGUAUCCGUGUGUAUCUGUAUGUGUCUGUUGGGACUGGGGAAAAAAAACAAAAAACCGAAGUACAGUCACAGCCAAUACACCAACAAUGAGAGCCAAUACAAGCUCCAGCUACAACAACAAGAACCACAAAGACUCAUAAGUACACUUUACUCUGCAUACUUUCUCUGAUAUGUAUUUGACUUUUGAUUUCUAUUGAUAUUUUUCUAUUUUUCUGUCUUGACAUUUAUAUUGUAUUCAGUAUGUAUAUCUUUAUUAUGGGACUGUGUACUGUAAGUUCAUUGUUAUUAUUGUUGGAAAAAAAGAAAAUGUAUUCGCUCUCUGGAUUGUACUGCGACCCGCUGGGAAAAAUCUGGAAACUUUAAAUCAUUUAACUCAAAAACAGCAAACUAUGAAGGACACAGAUACUUAAAUAUAUAUAUAUAUAUAUUUCUCUGUGUAGGCCUACCAACUAUUUAUCGGUCAAUUUCAUAUUGCAAUAUUGUCUAAGAUAUUAUUUUAAAUAGUAUUUUAAUAUAUUGAUAUGAAAUUAUGUUUUAUACAAUGUAUUUAUUGUUUUUGGUUCUCUAUAUCAUCUCAAACCAUUAACUGCAUGUAAGCUUGUAAGCACUACCAGAUUCGCGUUACAAUCAUAACAAGUGUCUGUGCUUUCUUAGACUCAUAUGUGCUCAUAUCUUUAGUCACACAAGUCUUUCUAUCAGUAACAGUUGAUAUAAUUGGCAGUGUUAGAGAUGUGCAUUAAGUUUUAAAAAGAAAUCAGCACGGAGACAAAGCGGCUAAUUAGAACUGUGACCAUAUUGCAAACCGCAUUAGCUUCUCAUAGAUACUCUAUGUGACACAUGUACAUGAAGAUCACAACUUUUGUAUUUUUUAAAUAAGAUGGAUACACUUACUUUACGAUCAAUAGUCAUGACGAACCAUUGCGCAACGAUUAGAAAUGCUUAAAAUAAUUUUGUUCUCUCAACAGUAGAAUCAAUGUAAAUCUUAUGAGGUAGCACUGCAUGAAGCCUUGCAACUGUUUUGACUGUCUUGUCACUUGUUAGGUCUUAAUUAUACGCUAUCACGUUCACAUGAAUGUAAAUCCAGGGGUUAAAUUGGGAUUAGUUCUACCAUAAUGAGAAGAGGCGGGCUUGCUCAGCUCAACGUAAAAGAAAAGCUUUUUGUCUCUUUAUGAACCAAAUAAAAAUCUGAUGUUACUGUAAUUUCACUGUGUGUUGGUCGGCUGCUGGUUUCUGUCCUGCUCGCUCCCAGUUUAACCCCUGACUCUUUGUCUGUAGACCCAGGCCCGAUAGUACUUGAAUAGAUUUGCAGAAAAAGAAAGAGAUUUAAGGCUUUUAAAUAGACUUUUCUAACAAAUUGUGAUACUCUCCGGGGAUCCUAAAGGGACACUUCACCCCAGAAUCAAAAAGACAUAUUGGUUCUCUUACCUGGUGUGAGUUGUUGAUGCUGGAGUUAUAUCAGCUGUAAAGAUGUUGGCUUUUGGUGGAAAAAAAACUACAUUUAAAAACUUGACAGCAAUGUCUCUUUACAGAAAUGAUGACUCGGUUACUUAAGAUAAUCCACAGACCUGUGACCACUUUCAUGAAGAAACUAUUUGUUUUCCAUAUCAGCACACAAAAGGAAGAAUGCAUCUACUCAAAGACUCAAACUUGUGACUAACAAGAUGUAAAAAUGAAUGGCAUCCUCCUCAGCUGAGCUAGCAGUAUCUGUUCCUUCUGCACCAUGAUACUAACUGCAUCAUGGUUCAAAAGGAAUAGAUACUGCGGGUGUAGUUUGGUAGAAAGAAAAUAGUUCCUACAUCAAACUGCUCACACUAAGGUCUGUUGAGUGUCUUGAGGUAACAAGGUGGUGAUUACUGGAAGGAAACAUUGAUGUUGAGUUUUACAAAUGUAUUGAGUGAGUGCCAUCUAAUUAAAUUUUAUUGUAUUUAAGAGAAGACAGACAUCUCUACUCCUGAUAUCCCCAGUACUCACACACUACAGGUAAAAGGGAAAUUCUUUCCAAAAAGUCCUCUAACCCACCUAUGUCAUUUGUGCCUCGGCUCUAAUAUUAUGACCCACAUGAGCGUUUCCUAAACUAGUGCCCCUACGCAUUGAAGUGAAGUCUAGAAAAUAAAGUUGACUAUCCCUUCACCACUCCUUUACCCUGCCUAAAUGGACUUUGUCGUUCCUUGUAUUUUAUAUCCUCACUUCGGCAUAAUGCCUUUGGCCACUAGAGGGCACGUAACAACAAAUGUAAAUGUGGGUCAUAAUAAGCUGCUGUACAAACAACAUAUUGGAUAUAUGUGAAUUUUUGAUUCUGUGGUGAACUGUUCCUUUAAAAUCUUUUCCACCUAAGAACAAUAUAAGAAUGUAGUUGUGCCUAGGUACCCAAGCUUUUAGGUAAUUGUAUCAGAAAUGGGUCAUAUUCUAUGAGUUUAGUCUAACCAUUUUAAACAGUAAGAUAAAUCAUGCAUGUAUACUAUUAGAUAACUGAAAGCCUAUUGAAAUACACUUUGGCCCUAGUUUAUCACUUGUUUGGCAGACAGUAGAGGCCAUUGACGUUCUGGGUCUGCGAUGCUACACCACCAAUGCUUCUGCUCCCCUCCCCCCAGACUCAUCCAUGUCUCUGAUUCACCGACACACCAUCACCAUUUUCACCAUCGUCAUCGUCAAACACACACAGCUCCACCUUCUAUGCUCGGAGACUUGCAGAUCAAAAACCUCUGGUGCUAAUCCUGAGUCUCGUCUAACACUCUGCAUCCACCAACUACUUUUCAACUCCCUCUCCCACUCUGUCUUACUCAAAUCACUGGUGAGGGGGAUUGUGGGAAUCUACUGCCUCGUGCAUACGCUUAUUGAAUAAGAGAGUCUUUCGCAACCUUCAGUGCCAGAUGCAUUCUCUCAUGUCCUGCCUACAUUUACCACCAGAGAAAUGAUCCCUUCUAACAUUCCAAAGGGAGGUCAGCAGGCGUGGACAGAUGAAAUAUGUCUAUGCUUUCCAUAUGUACAGUUGUACUACUUGCAACUUUCUUUAUGAUAUUGACUCUCAUGUUUUUCUUUCCUAUGGCCUCUUUGCAAGGCGAUAUAUUGUAUUUGAUGUGUGUAUUUUUAAAAAAGGAAAGAUGACUACAUCUGUGUGUUGUUGGUGCCUUUGUCAGGUUCAGUUGGUUGGACUUGUCUGUCUGCCGCCAUUUUUAGACCGGGGUUUUUCUUGCUCUGCUCCUGGUCAUAAUGACCCAAUGGAAACACUGCCUUCUACUCUGGAGGGGUACAACAACUAUGGUAAAACAUUAUUCUAAUUUUUUCACAUGAUGACUAUGAACAAAUGCAGCUCAGACAAUAGUAAUAUGCAGACCACUGUUGGUAUCUUGAAAAAACUUUGUAUCCUCUUUUAACUUUUUAAAAUAGUUGAUUUUGCUGUAACUAACAGAUUGCGUUUUUUAUUCCACACAUACAAGAAACUACACACAAAAUUUAACAUUUUAUGGGGAUACAAACUUUCCGCAGGAGACUGACAGUCUUUGUAUGUAUGUACAGUAUAUACACGUGUGCAUAUCGAUAUGCAUACAUACAUCUGUAUACAUAGAAAUACGUGUAAAUUUGUUGAGCUAAAGCUUUGCUUAAUUGUGGGUCUCUGGGACAGCAGCAGAAAAAGCAACCUUGUGUUAGACCAAUGCCUGUUCAUCUAUUCUGUGGUCGUCUAAAUGUUUAAUCUUGAAUAAAACUACUGUUUGUUUACAGCAA